GUUUCCAAUCCAAAAACCGUUUGACACUCAAAACAGUUGUCAGCAUUUACCAGAUAAAUCAAAGAAAAUAGACACUACUGCCAGUGACUCGGUACAAUUGAUGGAUUAUCGUACAUUUAAAUGCGAUUUUAGGAUUAGUUGGACAUAUUGACUUUCAGCUGGUAAUGUAUUUUUCACAGCAUAUGUUUGAUUUUCCUCUAUGAACGGAUGUGUUAUUAUCAGCGGACGGCUAUAUCCAUGAGCCUCUCCCGUUAUCCGAAUAUGUCAAACGUAUGACGGCGGUUUAUUUGACACAUCCGCCGACGUAAAAUAGCCAUACAUUGCUCACUUAAGUUGCUGCAAUGGCUAUGGCGUUGAGUUUCUUCAGUGGUCCCGAGGUGCUCGAGGACGUGAAUCACGCUCGGGGUUUGAUGGACGAGUUGAAAUUCCUGUAUGACUGCCGCCUGCUCGGGGACGUUACUAUCGGAGUGGAGAGUGAAGAGGAAGAGUCAACCGGAGAGGCAGCCAGGGGUGACAUUGGACAACUUUUCCUGUGCAGCCGCAACGUCCUCGCAGCUGCCAGCCCUUACUUCAAGAGCAUGUUCACCGGGGGGCUAAAUGAAAGCAUGCAGCAGAGAGUAGUCAUCCGCGGGGUGGACUCUGAGUCCAUGUCUGUUAUCAUCGACUACUGUUACACAGGCAGGGUGACCAUCACGGAGAGCAACGUCCAGAGGCUGUACGCAGCAUCAAACAUGCUCCAGCUUGAGUACAUCAGGAAGGCUUGCUCCAGCUUCAUGACGAGGAGGCUGGACCUAUCAAACUGUGUGGGGAUUCUGAAAUUUGCUGACUCUUAUGACAAUCCUGAAUUGAAGGACACUGCUCAAGCCUUUAUAGCAAGACAUUUUAGCCAGGUGUGUAGUGGAGGGGAGCUCUGUGAGUUGGAUUUGAUACAACUGAAAGAGAUAUUGUCUCUGGACGCUUUGGAUGUGGACUGUGAAAGGAAGGUCUGCUCGGCUGCUUUGCAGUGGAUAGAGGACAAUGCACCACAGAAAAGGGAGGAUGCACUACAGGCAUUGAAAUGCGUACGCUGGAACUUGUUUAACGAGAAGGACAAGUGUUACUUGGAGGGUCUCAUGGCCAGGCCUUUAAUUGAGAAAUACCUCGAAACCUUCUUUAACACGUCUGCAGAGGUCAGCUGUGCAAUACCUGCAACUCUGGACAUACCAAAACAGAGAAUAGGUGUAAAUGCAAAAGAAAUGAUCCUCUUUUUCGGCCUACCAAACGACAACAUAAUGUGCUGCGACCCUUACUCAGAGGACCUGUAUUUCAUGGCUCCUCCUUUAGAAGACCUCAGCAGUCAGGAUUACAAACGCUCUACCAUGGAGUCCUUAAUCGCCUGUGCCACCCCUGACAACAACCUGUACCUAGCCUCCCACCUCUCCAAACACUUCUGGCUGUACAACCCUGUGAUGAACAGCUGGCAGGAGUUAGCAGAGAGGCCGCUGGGGAGGAUCCACUCUGGGAUGGGCUACCUCAACGGCCAUGUUUACCUCCUGGGAGGAAGAAACCCAGUGACGGAUUCCCGACUGAAGGAGGUGGAGUGUUACAGCAUCCAGAGGAACCAGUGGACAUAUGUGGCUCCUUUGCCUCAUUCCUUAGGUAAAAUGCAGGUGGUGGCACUAAACGAUCAGCUGUAUGUGGUGAACAAAAGGAGAAUGCUUUGCUACGAUCCCAGGAGGAACCGCUGGCGCCACUGUGGAUCACUGAGGAGGGACAAGCUUCAUAAGGCCUGCGUGUAUCAGGACCAGAUCAUCUGUGUGUGUGACAUCCCUGUGGUGAAAGCCUACAGCCCCACCCGAGGGGAAUGGAAGAGGCUCGGGGACAUUCCCAUCGACAGUCGGGCCCUGAACUACCAGGUGAUCCAGCACAACAACAAGCUGCUCCUCCUCACUCAGACGUUACUACAGCACAACAAAAACAGGGUCCUCAUUCAUGAGUACGACCCCGGCAGGGACAACUGGAAGAACAUCAUGGCGGUGUAUGUGUCCACCCUGGGGCCCGUGUGUGUUUCUACACGCGUGUACCCAGCAUGCCUAGGCUCUGCGCACAGCUUCUCUACAGAGGAGGACGAUGACAGUGGCUCCAGUGCCGACUGGGACUUUGACGGUUUGACGGACGCAGACUCAGACUCUGGCAGCUCUAGCUCUUUCUCAGAUGAGAACUGGUAGUUAAAUAUGUUACUGUGUCAAUAAAAAGUUUUAAUUAUGUAUCGCUUUGUGAAUUUUUACAGGGUUCUGACUGCCAGAAAAAGCUCAGCGAUUAAUGAAGUAUUAAAGCCAGCCAUACAGUUGAAGAAGUCCAUUGAAAUCUUUAUUUCACAUGGACGGAUAAAGAUUAUUUUUUAAAGAAAAUAAACUUAGCAGAGUUUGUUUCAGAAAUGCCAAGAGACAAGGCCUUUUUUGUUCAAUUUCUAUCAUGUGCUGCCAGCACUAAGGUCUGCUAUAUUCUUGUUUACACAAUUACUCUUGACUUGUAUGUGAUGGGAGUUCCCCUUAAGAGCCAUACUUUAGCACAUUCAUAAGGGCAGCUGAAUGAAAGUGACUCCAGAGAUGUAGUGUUACCUUUCCAUUACAUUUGAACACUUUGCCUCUUAGGUCGUCCUACAAUAUCCAUAUUGCAGUGGUUUCCAAACAGCCUUUGGAAAUAAACUACAAUUUAAUAUACCUUUUUCAUUGGUAAGAGUUUUACUUCCACUUGUCAAACAUUUCUGUGAACAAGAUCUCUUUUAAGAGUGCUUUGAUUCUGCCGCAGAAAAGUAACUUACCAACAAGUACAAAAUAAUAGACUUGUGACGAUCAUUCAAAUAAAAAAUACAAAGACAUCUAUUCUGCUCUUGAGUUCACUGUCAAUAUAGCAUGAAAAUGUUGUGUUUUUAUGUUACAUCUCUGUCCGCUGCAUUUGUUUUUAUUUCUUUACGUGGGAUAUGGCAAAAAAAAAAUCCCUCAUGCAAGUUGCUUUAUAUUUGAAAAUGCUCCUCCAGAGUUACAAAAUAGUUUGUAGGUACAGUUUACACGGGCUGAGAAGUAAUCCCUGAAAUAAAAUUCCCUUUAAUGUGUUAUAUCACCACAGGGCCCCUUUAAUGCUCUGACAUUGUGUUAUGUUGUAUAAAGACAGAAAUAUAGAUUUUAUUUAACUUGAAUAAAUGAGCACACCUGCUGACGAUUGCUGUCAAAUCAUGACUGUGACUUUUGGGACAUCCGGUAGCUCAAGUGCCUCAUGUUUCUAUGACUACACAAUAUGAAGGGCUUUAACAUGUGCUGUCCUUUUUUACCUUGUCGAUGCACUCCAAGAUGUCACACACAGCUGAGGUGUGUAGAAGCCAAUGUACUGUAAGCUCACUCAGGUCUAGGCUCCAGCAAAAGCCUGUAUGCCAUGACAUUUUUUUUUUAAUGAAGUAAAAUGAUGUGAUUUUUUGUGACAAAUUAUACAUUUAUGAUUUUUAAUUUUAAUUAUUUAAUGAAGUUUAUGUGUUUGCAUAUCUAUGAUUUAACAUCUAUGUUGUAUUCGAAAAAGCCAAACUGUUUCACAAAGUGUUGAGUAUUGUUUGGUCCUGAUUCAUUGUUUUAGUUUGAGGACAUUUUGUCUGCAUGUCGACUAAUACACUGUUGCAAAGCCAUCAUCCGCCCUAACCAUUCAUACAUUCAGUUACCAGUUUAUUUAUUUUGUAUUUAUUAGUUAUGUUGAAGCAAAUAGAAGGGUCUCUAAUGAACUACUCUCAUUGAUAUAAAUGCUGUAUACACAUAUUGAAAUCACGUCUCAGUAUAUAUCAAAAUGCUACAAACUGCAGCCUCUUAAUUUAACAUAAAGUGUAUUAAACCCCUUUAUAUCGAUGAGUAUGAGACUAUUAGUUUCAGCUAGUUGUACCCAAUAAACUGGUAAAUAAGUGUAGUGUUGUCCCCCUGUAUGAUGCAUAACUGAAGUGUUAUAUUUGAGUUGUGUUUGUGUCAGAGAGUUUAUUGUAUUGGACUCCAAUAGUUGUACUGUAACUCAAAGAAGACAAUAUAUAAAUAAUCAUGUCAAAAUACUUCACUUUUUAUGUUGUGUAAAGUCAUAUCCACAGAACAUGGUGAUUUGCAAAUACUUACCCUGUAAACACAUACUUGAUUUAACACAAUAUGAUAGGCUAAAAUGAAAAGUUAUAAACGCUUAUUCAGACUUCACUCAACAUCAAUAAAAAGAAUAUAUGUUUGUGGAUUGUCUUCUGUGUGUUACAACUAAAGUCAGUUAAGAAACGUCCAUGAAGGGGGGAUUGACUCCGUAACACAUGGCCUGGAUUAUAAAGUUGUUUUUGGUGAUUGUUUCAAAAUAAAUGUGACUGAUGCAGAA